UCAGUUAUUGGAUAUUCAACUUUCAACAGUAAAAUACUGUUUUCUAUUUCUCUUUGUUUUUUACGUCUAAUUCUCUUUUUAAUAUAUAUUAUUAAAUGUAUUGCUCUUUACAAUUAGCUAAUCAUCAAAUAUAGUUUAUUCUUACCUCACAUGAUGUCGCGCUAUCGUGAGUGGGAUCUCUCUUGCAAAGUAUACGUCGGAAAUCUCGGAACAAAUGCGUCAAAAUACGAAAUUGAGAAAGUAUUCUCUAAAUAUGGAAACAUACGGAAUGUGUGGGUUGCACGUAACCCGCCAGGGUUUGCGUUUGUAGAAUUCGAGGAUCCACGUGAUGCUGAGGACUCUGUGCGUGGUCUAGAUGGAACGCGGUGCUGCGGAACGCGUAUUCGCGUUGAAAUGUCCAACGGUCGCACCAGAAGAGAGCGCCGGUACUCCAGGUCCAUUUUAUCAACCAACCACCAACACACCGACCUCACCACAUCUCUUCACCACAACUACGGCUCGUUAACCAAUAAGACAUCCGCGGACGCCGAUCGCAACAACAUCCCGCUCAACUUCUGCGAUCAGCUCUCCAAACUUCUACGCGCAACCGAAGUCUCCAACUGCGUCCUACUGAUUCUCCACACAGCCAUUACCUAGUCCCACCCUUAUCCGAACCUGGACAUGAAUUACGCAUUUGAGAGCCACACAGUAGUAUCCUGUAACCAUCCUGAUUGUCAUGCAAAUUCCUGAUGCUUCACCGUCUGCACACACUCGUCGUCAACGAAGCACCGAGCUUGAAUACAACCUUACAACGAUCUGCUCCUAGUGUUGCCACAAUCUCUCUCGAAACUCCCGGCUAAUGCCACCGUUCGUCGGAGGAUUACAUUGAAACUCAUCUUCGCCUCAAUACAAGUUAAAAUCCCUUCGGCCUCACAGCAGCCCCACAACGAUCAACGACCUUCUUCGCAGGCUCACCAUGUUUCGGUACUUUUUGCAUCCUAUACUUAGCACUACCUUACCUUACCUUCUUAGCAAUUAGUGUAUUUUUGUGUUGGAGAAGUACGUGUUAACAACUAGGUCUUAUAAAAUUGGUAAUAUAGAUAUUAAAGUUUAAUUAAAUCCCAAAGACUACAUCAUCUUACACGAUUUCCGGCCCGUUCUUUAAAGCAUUAAGGUGUUGAUGAUACAUAUUAAUAAAACAAUAUUAGUGUAAUGUUUGAGAAUUAAUAUACAGAUAGUAUCCGCCGUAAUUGUUCGUUUAUUAAAUAGUAAUGGUAAACAAUCUGAUGUUAAUAUUGAUAGACAUGUUAGAGUUGAUGGAUAGUUUUGAGUAUAUCUAAUUUACGAUUC